AGGCUUAGCCCUGCCCGGUGCUCCUCCUCCCGGCCCUGUUAUGCGAGUAUCCCGGCCGCAGGGCGGCAUUGCGCGGCUGUUUCCUGCCCUGAUGCAUGGUGGUCGGACGGAGGAAUUGUUGGAAAAUUGUGUCGGAGGUAAAGCCAUGCUGCUGGCUCAGAUAAACCGCGACUCCCAGGGAAUGGCGGAGUUUGCCGGAGGAGGCGACGGCGGCCAUGUCACUCUGUGCCUGACCGAGGCCGUGGCUGGUGACGAUGGGGAGAGCAUGGACACCAUGGAGGGUGUGAGCUUACAAGCAGUGACCCUGGCGGACGGCUCCACAGCGUAUAUACAGCACAACGCAAAAGAUGAUAAACUCAUGGAAGGACAAGUGAUUCAGCUGGAGGACGGCUCCGCGGCUUAUGUCCAGCAUGUCCCUAAAAGUGACUCUCUGCGCCUGGAGGAUGGGCAGGCCGUGCAGCUGGAGGACGGGACCACCGCCUACAUCCAUCACUCCAAAGAUUCCUAUGACCAGAGCUCCGUGCAGGCCGUGCAGCUAGAAGAUGGCACGACGGCAUACAUCCACCAUGCCGUCCAGGUCCCGCAGCCGGACACCAUCCUCGCUAUCCAGGCCGACGGCACGGUGGCUGGACUGCACACGGCGGAGGCCACCAUUGACCCGGACACCAUUAGCGCUCUGGAGCAGUAUGCAGCCAAGGUUUCUAUUGAGGGAAGCGACAGUGUGAGCAGCAGCGCGCUGAUCGGCGAGUCCGAGCAGGAGAAGAAAAUGCAGAUUGUUUUACAAGGACACGGGCCCCGCGUGACGGUCAAAGCGCCACAGACCAAUGAGAAAGCAUUUCGCUGUGAGUAUGAGGGUUGCGGAAAGCUCUACACGACGGCUCAUCACCUGAAGGUGCACGAGCGAUCGCACACUGGGGACCGGCCGUACCAGUGCGAACAUGGCGGCUGUGGGAAAGCGUUUGCAACAGGCUACGGGUUAAAAAGCCACGUACGGACGCACACAGGAGAGAAGCCCUAUAGGUGCACAGAGGAAAACUGCACCAAGUCGUUCAAGACAUCAGGAGACUUGCAGAAACACAUCCGAACUCACACAGGAGAGAGGCCGUUCAAAUGUCCGUUCGAAGGUUGCGGAAGGUCAUUUACCACAUCAAACAUCCGGAAAGUUCACAUCCGUACACACACAGGGGAGCGGCCAUAUUACUGCUCAGAGUCCGGCUGUGGCAGAGCAUUCGCCAGCGCCACCAAUUACAAGAACCACGUGCGGAUACACACAGGAGAGAAGCCAUACGUGUGUACGGUGCCGGGGUGCGAUAAACGUUUCACGGAAUAUUCCAGCCUAUACAAACAUCACGUGGUUCACACUCACUCCAAGCCGUACAACUGCAACCACUGCGGCAAAACGUACAAGCAGAUCUCCACACUCGCCAUGCACAAGAGGACGGCGCACAAUGACACGGAGCCCAUCGAGGAGGACCAGGAAGGUUUCUAUGUACCGCAGCCACCGGAAGAAGUCCUGAAAGGCUCCCAGAUCACGUACGUCACUGGAGUGGAGGGAGAAGACGGCUUGCCGGCCGCAGUGACGCAGUCAGGACAGCAGCUGGCUCUUAUAGCCCAGGAUGGCACCCGGCAUGUGGCUAUAGUGGCGCAGGACCUGUCGGCCUUCCAUGCGGCCUCCGUGGAAAUGGGGCAGCAGCACGGUCACCACCUGGUCACCGAGACCCGGCCGGUCACACUGCUGGCCACAUCCAACGGGACACAGAUUGCAGUCACGCUGGGCGAGCAGCAGUCCUUGGAAGAAGCCAUCAGGAUAGCCUCACGGAUACAGCAGGGCGAAUCUCCCGGGAUGGACGAUUAACACGCCCCGGCCGCCAUCUUGGACCAGGAGAUGGCGCGUGUCAGGACUUGUAAGACAUUGAACACUUUCCGGGGACUGUGCUAAUGGGCCGGCUGCAUUUCAGGGCCGCGUCCCCGGCUCGGCGCCUGUGUUUGCGCUCGUAGCGCUCCGGCCGCCAUGUAUUAUUUGUACAUAGAGAUUGUUAAUGAUGAAAUUAAUACUAUUUUAUCUUUGCAGCAGAUCAUGUACAAACCCCCUCCCCUCCCCCAACAUUAAAGGGACAGAAGCUGUUUUGUACAUUACUGCUCUAUGAAAUAUUGAAUUAGUCGCCAUAUUGGAUAGAAGUGAAGGAGGCGCCCAGAGCGCAGCACGUGACGGGGGAGGGGAUGCCGACCUCCUGGCAUUAGUUCUCUGGCUCACGAUUCGCCGGCUGUUGGGAAGUUUGUGGCCAAUUGACACGAGAUCUUUAUCUGCAGAUCCGACGUAUACGCAGAAGAUCCGAGGCCGGCGUAUUGUACCUCCCGGCUCUUCCCGACAGACGGAGGAAUUACAGCCGUGUCCUCCCCUCUCCGGACACAUGCACACUGUGCCGCUCAUACACGUGAGACUUAGGGGCAGGAAUGAUCGCCACUGCCGUGGUCUUCCCUCACUCAGUCCUAUUACCGCUCGGUCCCCAUGUAUCGUCAGCGCGGACAAAACAGAUCAGGAUGCCUUCCAUUCCAUGACCGGACACAAAACCGCUGCGUCCGGUCUGCGAAACGGAACAACCUGGAUCUGGCACUAAAUUCAAUGUAAGUCAAUGGCCCCGUGUCCGUUUUUCUGGUUUGUUCAGUUUGGAUCUAAUACACCUGCAUCUGAAUGGAACGGAUGCAUCCCAAUGUACUAAAUCGAACGGAAUCGUUUUGCUGCGGUUUUCAGAUCCUCUGUCGGAUCUCAGAACCGGAAUACAAAGCGCAGAUGUGAGAGUAGUCUAAGGUGCACUUACUGAUUUAUCGGCUGAUUGGCACGCCAGGUAUCGGGAAUAAGGGCUCCUACGAACGCUGGUUCACGAUAAUUGGCCUGAAAACCAUUCUGUCUAAGGGCGGGCUCACACCACGCUUUAUGAUGUAUACG